AUCAUAGAACGUGCGUGGAAGAGGUCCAGGCAAUGGAUUCCGUCCGUUGAUCGAACGCGACAAAAUUACAACCCACCUUCAACGAAACAAUACCCAACAACCAAUGAAGACUUCUUGUUGUUGACUUGUGCGAGCACUCUUAUAGCUUCUUCCCAGACGGAACCGGUUACUUCUUUCGACUCUCUGGUUAGUCUUUUGCAUCGUUUCCUGAUUCAUUCCUUUCUCCAGAGAAAACAAUGCCGGUUGGAGAGCUCUUUCUUGCUGCGUUCCUUCAAGUGUUAUUUGACCGAUUGGCUUCACCCGAGUUGCUGGCCUUUGCACGACGAGAGGGACUUAAAAAAAAGCUGGACAAGUGGCGCAAGUUGUUGUCAAUGAUUCAAAAGGUGCUUGAUGAUGCAGAGGAGAAGGAAUUACAUGCUCAGAGUACUGCAGUGAAAGAGUGGCUGGAGGAUCUCAAAGACUUGGCCUACGAUGUGGAGGACAUACUCGAUGAGUUUGCCACAGAAGCUUUGCGAUGCAAAUUGAAGGUCAAAAAUCAGGCUAGUACUAGUAAGGUACGGAAUCUCAUCCCUGCUUAUUUUAGUGGUUUGAGUCCCUAUGCUAUUAUGUUGAGAACUAGGCUGGAGUCAAAUAUCAAGGACAUGACUCCUCGAUUUAAAGAUCUAGUGGCACGAAAAGGUGAACUCAAUUUGAAAGAACUUGUAGACAGGAGUUCAGAAAAAAUUAGAGGGACAGUACAGGCCCCAACUUCUGUAGUGAAUGAAGCUCGUGUUUAUGGCAGGGAAGGAGAUAAAAAGGCUUUACUUGAUUUAUUGAAAUCGCAAGCUCAAGAAUCAGUGGACACUCAAGUUUCUGUGAUUCCAAUACUUGGAAUGGGGGGUAUUGGAAAGACAACACUUGCGCAGUUAAUAUACAAUGACCAAGAAGUCGAAAGUUUGUUUGAUCUUAAAGCUUGGGCUUGCGUUUCUGAAGAUUUUGAUGCCGUUCGGGUCACAAAAACAAUUUUAAGAUCUAUCAGUCCUGGAAGUCGUGAUGAUAAUGAUCUAAACUUGUUGCAAAUCGGACUAAAGGAGGCGCUGAAAGGGAAGAAAUUUCUAGUCGUUCUGGAUGAUCUUUGGAAUGAUCGUUAUCAUGACUGGACAAUCCUAUUUACUCCUUUCGAAGCAGGGGCUCCAGGAAGUGUAGUUAUUAUCACAACUCGCAAUCGAGAAGUUGCAAAUACUACAAGUACCACUGAAGCUUACCAGCUGGAUUUGUUGUCAAAUGACGCUUCUAUGUCCAUAUUUACCCACCAUGCCUUGAGGGCAAAAGACUUUUCUUCACACCCACACCUCAAAGAUUUUGGUGAGGAAAUCGUUCGAAAAUGUAAACGUUUGCCUUUGGCAGCAAAAGUACUUGGAGGCCUCUUACGUUCAAAACUGCAGGACCGUGAUGCCUGGGAGGAAAUAUUGAAUAGCGAGAUAUGGAAUAUUUUAGAGCAGAGACGUGAAAUCGUUCCAGCUCUUAUGUUGAGUUACUACCAUCUCCCAUCGCAUUUGAAGAGAUGCUUUGCUUACUGUUCUAUACUCCCUAAAGAUUAUGAAUUUGAGGAGAAGGAGGUGGUUCUAUUAUGGAUGGCAGAAGGCUUGAUUCAACCACAACAAAAAGAAAAGGAAAUGGAAGAUUUGGGUUCAAAGUAUUUUCGGGAUUUGUUGGCAAGGUCAUUUUUCCAACAAUCCAACGACAAAAAAUCUCGAUUUAUGACGCAUGACCUCAUCAAUGACUUGGCUAAAUCUGUUGCAGGAAAUACAUGCUUUAGAAUGGAAGAUAGAGUUGAGGGUAGUAAACAAGGGAGUAUUUUUACAAAGGCUCGCCAUUUGUCUUACCUGGGUGACCAAUAUGAUGGCUUUAAAAAGUUUGAGGCCUUUUCUGAACUCACAUGUUUACGUACCUUCUUACCUCUAAUGUUGCCAUAUCCUGGGUGGUGUUUUUUGACCAGUUAUGUUUCUCUUGAGUUGUCGCCAACAUUACGAUGCUUGAGGGUGCUCUCAUUGAACGGUUACCACAUAACCAAGAUAUCAAAUUAA